GUGAUGAUGAUGAUGGCUGUAACUUGACCUUGCAUCCUAAAUAGCGGUGGGUGACAAUGGUGUCAUGUCUAUUAAUACUUUAUCGAUAUUUAUAAGGCGUGCAGACGCGGCGGUGCAGAGGUCAGUCCCACCAGCGCCAAGUCAACAACGAAAGGGAGGAUGCCAGCGGUGCGCCAUGAGCACUGUGAGCGCUGUUUCAGUGCCCACUGCCAGGUUCCGCCGUGGAUCUCCAUCGGCUGCUUGGUGGUCAAGUGUCCCAAUAACUGCGGCGCCGCUCUCCACGCAUGCAAGGAAGAGGAGCACCUCCUUCUGUGUCCCAACGAGACAGUGGCCUGCCUCAACGCCGGCUAUGGCUGCCCGCUCGCCAUGCCUCGCCACAGGCGGGCCCAGCACUUGGAGGUGUGUCCCGCCAGUGUGGUCAGUUGCUCUCAGGAGUGGAACCGCUGGCCUGUUCCCGACACAGACUCUACCUUCUACAAGAAUGUGUCAGAUCCCAGCCAUCCCCACCUUGAUGUUGCUUUGGCUCUGAGGGAUCAAGAGCUGCUCUUUGAGUCCAUCAAGAUGAAGAACAUCUUCCCUGAAUUUACAGAAGCGAACGCCGACAACUUAGAUGUUGGUGUCUUUGGGGAUGAGGGUGAGUCUUCCCGUUCUUUAGUCUCUGGUGGUCCACAAAAUGUUUGCGCAUUGAUGCGAGAAGAGGAAGUGGAGGACAGAGAGAGCGAUGCCUUGACCAAAAGCAAGGAAGUGGAUGGCCUGGAGAACUACAUGUCCUGGGAGAGGAUCUUCAAGAAGGAAAUGAACGGGUGCGACCAGACCACCAAAAAUGUCAGAAGGGAUGAAAGAGAGAAGAGAGAAAGUUCUGCUUCUUCCAGUAUGACCGGGGAAACAGGCCUGGCGCCGUGGCAGGAUGGGGUCCUGGACCGGUUGGGCAAGGAGGCCAACAUGGCGGAGUAUAACAUGUAUUUGGUGCACAACGGCGCCAUGCUCAUCAACUUUGGCCAACUUGCUGCCUGCACCCCGAGGGAAAAGGAUUUCGUCUACGGCAACCUAGAACCCAUUGAGGUCAAGACCAUCCGCUCCUUCAACGUUCCCACCAGCUAUCGAGCCAAGCGCUGCCACCUGAAGGACCCCAGUCGCAAGGCCCAGAUCUCCCACCAAUGUGUUGACACGGCAGAUUUGGGUCUCUCCCUUGAAGACCUCCCAAAGAGCGACGAGGUCAGGUCUACGCUGCUGUGCUGCCUGGAGAAAGAACUCAAAGGCCAUUUGAUCUCAGAGAGCACCAGCACAGACGCCCUGUACGUUGACAUCGGGACGCAAACGUAUAACUUCAGUUCGGCACCUUUCCAAGCCGAGGCCUCGCUUGCAGAUGUUAUCGCGGGAAAACCUCGCUGUCUGUACGUCCGGACAGAAACAGAAUCUGUCACCAGGAGACACAACAAGACCAGCUCAGCCUUCAGCUACAAGUGCGGCCUCUUCUUCCGCCGGGAUGAAUACCGAUCUCACUUCAGGAAUGUGCACUCUGACAUCCAGGCCGGUCUGGACGGCUGGCUACAGCAACGGUGCCCGCUGGCAUACCUUGGCUGCACUUUUGCCCAGAACAGACUUCAACCCGCCGGUCAACAAGCGGAGGUCAAAUAUCACCACGGUGUCAACAAGGUGGUCAUCCGGCCAGAUGUCCCCUCAGGACUGCUUGAAGCUGUCAAAACCUCUCGCCACCCUGACCCCCUCAGCUGCCUGCCCCUGGAGAUCUUGCAACACGUUGCCAGAUACCUCGACACUUUCACUCUGUCGCAGCUGUCACAGGUUUCACGUCUCAUGAGGGAGGUGUGCGCCACCUUGUUGCAGGCCCGAGGGAUGGUUUCCCUCAAGUGGGAGAAGAAGACGUAUUCCCAUGGGGGCAGCUCCUGGAAGAGUCGGAAGAAAGUUUGGGAGUUCAGCUCGCUCUUUUCCCCCGUGAAGCGGUGGAGCUUCCGUGACACGCCCUCCAUGGCGGAGCACCUCCACACGUGCUGCUUCUACCAACGGGAGACACGCACCCAGCCCGUGGCUUUAAGAGGCCUGCCAGAGGUCAGCAGAGAGGAUCAAAGAUCAUUUUCACUCUGGAACUCAUGCUCCCUGUAGGGAAAUGCACCGUAUUAUUAUUAUUAUCAUCAUUAUCAUCAUUGCUAUUAUUAUUAUGUUACUUUCAAUUUACAGCUUUUGGUUAUUAUAUACUAUUUUCAUUAUAAUAUCAUCUAUAAACUGAGUGGUAUCUAAUAUUUUGUCCUCUAAAGUAACCAAAUAUUCAAUAAAUAUAAAUAAAACAUACAUUGAAUAAAUAUAAAAUUAAAUAAAAACUUUAUGAUGAGAUGCUGUUAUGCACAAUUGUCAAUUACAACCACAAUAGUAAUCAUAUUGGUAAAUGAUGAAUAUGAGGAUGAUUAUCUUUGUGUUGUUCCUACAGUCUGGACACAUAAUAUACAUAAAUUCUAAAAAAUAAAAUAUUUGACUUAAUUAAUUAAAUAAAAAAUGAUGAAUGAAGUAUUUAUUCAAGUAAUAAUAAAAUGAUGAUAAUUCAAAUGAAUACAUGUAAUUAAAAUAAGAUGUGCAUCUCUCAGGUUGCCUGACACUGCCACCUGCUGGUAAAACGUUAAAUUGCCCGAACAUACUGAGUGAAGAUGGCCAUGAUAGUUUUUAUGAUGACAUUGUACUUGUAAAUAAAAUGUUAGUUUAUUGAUGGGAUGAGGUCACAGGUCAUCUGCAGCGCGUGUUGCAGACGCCUGAGGGUUGCGCAGCUUGUCGAUGACCUCGGACAGCAUCUUGUUGCAAAGCGCCGCGUAAGGAUUCAACAUCACCGCCUGCUGCCGGGCAAACUCGCUCCCCAGGGCCGCCGCCUUCUGGAAGUCCGCCCGGGCCUCGUCAUCCUGCCGCGCCAGCCUGCGCAGGAGGCCUCGCUGCACCAGCGCCUGGCAGGCCGUCCGUCCUCGGCCCCCGCUCAGGGAGAUGGCGCUGUCCAGGUCCUCCAGCGCUCCUGAGAGCAGAGGAGAAGAACUUUCACACUUCAGCCAUUCUUUGUCACUAAUUCCAUAUUCCACUGCGUGUGUUUGGGAGCAGCAGCAACUACGCAACACAUUUCCACACACUACCAUCCCCAACCACAUCCAGCAGGUGGCACCACACCUCUAAUAAUAUCAAUAAAAUGCGAUAAAUAUUAAUAAUCACACGUGCAUUGAAGAAAGGAACGUAUUGAAAGGCAUAAACUCACUGAUUUAAAAAAAAAUAUAAAUAUAAUUGUAAUAAUAAUUAAAAAAAAUAUGAAUAUGAAAUUCACUGCAAUUAUUUCAUUUAGAAAUACAGACAAAACUAUCAGUCACUAGCAGUAAGGAGACGUCAUGAUUUAAAGCCUACUUCUUUAUUAUCUGACAGAAAAAACCUUUAAAGUCAAUUUUAAAUUCAUUAAUUUUCCUUACAGUGUAACCGUAAUAAUAAUAUAUUCGGUGACAUUAAACUGUAAAUAUAUAUUUUAGUUUAUAAUUUUAUCAUAAUUUUUCUUCACUGACUGGCCAAGAUGUGAUUAAAAUUAGUAAACUAUUUUGUGUGA